UUCUCAAUACAAUACAGUCUUCUCCUCCUCCUCUCCACCAAAACCACCCAUAAGCUAAUUUUAGAUUUACAAGAAGAAAGUCUCAGGUAGAAAUGUUGACGCCGGAUGAAGGCGCGGCCGUGGCGGCGGCCAAGAAUCCGGUACGGCAUUCCCCGUCUCAGUCGCCGUCGCCGGUGCCGUAUCUUUUCGGCGGCCUGGCCGCCAUGAUGGGGCUCAUAGCUUGUGCAGUCUUGAUCCUUAUCUGCUCUUACUGGCGCCUCUCCGGCCCGCUGGGUGCCGGCGACGACGCCGACCGGGACCCCGAGGCCGGAGACGGCAAUGGCAACGACGGGUCGGCGCCGGCGCCGGUGGUUGAAGAGAAGUUUCUGGUGAUUCUGGCGGGACAAGAAAAACCGACUUGUCUGGCUACGCCUGUGGCGAGUAGAGUGUCGUCUUUUGGGAGCAGUUGCAGCUGUAGCAGUAGUACGGUGAGCAGUGAGAGUAGUACUCUGGGGAAAUCUGACGGGGAAAACGAUGAGAAAAAGCGUGAUUUUAACGGCGGCGGUCGGGUGGAAAUGGGAACCAUAGAUCGGGUCUCUCGAACUCGAAGUUAGAUUUUUAAUUUUUAAUUUUUAAAUUUUUGGUGGAUCAGAAAAUGUAAAUUGAAAAUCAUAGAUACAGAUCUGCUUCGUCAAUAAUUUUUGCUCUUCUACUUAUUUCUCAUUGAAUCCCAAACCCAAUGGCGCCGGCUCUCCGGCCCGAAUAGAGAAUCUGAAAGGAUGUUGAUCACAAA